CCUGGUUCUCGCUGGACUUGUCGGGAGACACACGCUCUGCUGGACUGCUCAUCUUUCUGCUGAGGGACAGUGGCCAGCACAGCAUCUGCUGUUGGGUCAGGAAACAGUGGGAGACAGCUGGUCAGCUCCUGCUUCUCAGGCCACAGAGAAACCUCCGGGAACCUAGAAAGAGAGUGCAAUGAAUGGUGACACUCGGGCUGCAGUGGUGACCUCACCACCCCCGACCACAGCCCCUCACAAGGAGAGAUACUUCGACCGGGUCGAUGAGAACAAUCCGGAAUACCUGCGGGAACGGAACAUGGCGCCGGACCUUCGCCAGGACUUCAACAUGAUGGAGCAGAAGAAGAGGGUGUCCAUGAUUCUGCAGAGCCCCGCUUUCUGUGAGGAACUGGAGUCCAUGAUACAGGAGCAGUUCAAGAAGGGGAAGAACCCCACAGGCCUGCUGGCGCUGCAGCAGAUUGCGGACUUCAUGACCACAAACGUCCCGAAUGUCUACCCAGCGGCGCCGCAAGGAGGGAUGGCCGCCUUGAACAUGAGUCUUGGCAUGGUGACCCCUGUGAAUGACCUCAGAGGGUCAGAUUCGAUCGCCUACGACAAAGGGGAGAAGCUGCUGCGGUGCAAACUGGCCGCCUUCUACAGGCUGGCCGAUCUCUUCGGGUGGUCCCAGCUCAUCUACAACCACAUCACAACGAGAGUGAACGCCGAGCAGGAACACUUCCUCAUCGUGCCUUUCGGACUUCUCUACAGCGAGGUGACUGCGUCCAGCCUGGUUAAGGUGAAUCUCCAAGGAGAUGUCGUGGACCGUGGAAGUACCAACCUGGGCGUGAAUCAGGCCGGCUUCACCUUGCACUCUGCGAUUUAUGCGGCGCGGCCAGACGUGAGGUGCAUCGUGCACAUCCACACGCCCGCAGGGGCCGCGGUGUCUGCAAUGAAGUGUGGGCUCUUGCCCAUCUCCCCGGAGGCGCUGUCUCUCGGAGAAGUGGCUUACCACGACUACCACGGCAUCCUGGUGGAUGAGGAGGAAAAAGUCUUGAUUCAGAAAAAUCUGGGACCUAAAAGCAAGGUUCUUAUUCUGCGGAAUCACGGGCUCGUAUCUGUGGGCGAGAGCGCCGAGGAGGCCUUCUAUUACAUCCACAACCUCGUGGUCGCCUGUGAGAUCCAGGUUCGAACUCUGGCCAGCGCAGGAGGACCAGACAACUUAGUGCUGCUGGAUCCCGGGAAGUACAAAGCCAAAUCCCGAUCUCCAGGGUCUCCGGCAGGGGAAGGCACGGGGUCCCCUCCCACGUGGCAGACUGGUGAGCAGGAAUUCGAAGCCCUCAUGCGGAUGCUUGACAACCUGGGCUACAGAACCGGCUACCCUUACCGAUACCCUGCUCUGAGAGAGAAAUGCAAAAAGUACAGCGAUGUGGAGGCUCCCGCCAGUGUCACAGGCCACUCCCUCGCUAGUGACGGCGAUGCGGGCACUUGCUCCCCUCUCAGACACAGUUUUCAGAAGCAGCAGCGGGAGAAGACAAGGUGGCUGAACUCUGGCCGGGGCGACGAGGGUCCUGAGGAAGGGCAGAGUGCAAGCAGUCCCAAGUCGAAGACUAAGGUGUGGACGAACGUAGCACACGAUCACGUGAAACCCUUGCUGCAGUCUCUCUCGUCCGGUGUCUGCGUGCCAAGCUGUAUUACCAACUGCUUGUGGACUAAAGAGGAUGGACAUAGAACCUCCACCUCUGCCGUCCCUAACCUGUUUGUUCCGUUGAACACAAACCCCAAAGAGGUCCAAGAGAUGAGGAACAAGAUCCGAGAGCAGAACUUACAGGACAUUAAGACGGCUGGCCCUCAGUCCCAGGUCUUGUGUGGUGUAGUGAUGGACAGGAGCCUUGUCCAGGACGCGCCCCUCUCUGACUGUACGGAGACUCUCGAAGGGCACACUUUUAGUCCCGCUAGACCUCUGUCUGUUAGAAAGGGGGAGCUGGUGACGGCCUCCAAGGCCAUCAUUGAGAAGGAGUACCAGCCCCACGUCAUCGUGAGCACCACGGGCCCCAACCCCUUCAACGCGCUCACGGACCGAGAGCUGGAGGAGUACCGCCGCGAGGUGGAACGCAAGCAGAAGGGAUCUGGAGAGAACCUGGACGAGACCAGAGAGCAGGAAGAAACGCGUCCUCCGGACCAGCACGAAGCCCCCCACACCCCCCCCAGCACCCCUGUCAAGCUUGAAGAAGACCCCCCCCAGGAGCUGGCUUCCGGAGGAGACAGCGAGGCCGCCCCCCUCAAGCCUGCGCUCCCCGACCCGUCCCCUGACGAGCCCUCCGCCGCGCUGGAGGAAGAGGAGGAGGAGGAAGCCCGUGGCCCCCCAGGCCCCCCCCAGCUCCCUGCCGAGACCAAGCCGGAGGCCGCCCCAGCCCCCGCGGCGGAGGACGCGGCUCCCGGGGAGCCGGGCAGUGACGGGUCCCCGGGCAAGUCGCCCUCCAAGAAGAAGAAGAAGUUCCGCACGCCCUCCUUCCUGAAGAAGGGCAAGAAGAAGGGGGAGCCCUGAGCUCGCACCCACUCCCACUCCCGCAUUCCCCCCCGCGUCUCAGUGCCUGUCACUCCCGGCCUCCACUGCGCUCGCUGCUCACCGCCCCCCACUCCCGCCCAGAGCCUGGGUCCCGUGAACUCGCAUGCCCGCCCGAGGCCCUGGGCACCACGGCUGUCUUGGCUGGGGCUGGACGCUGGGCCUCCGUGUCCCCAGCACAACGCUAUGCAUGGUCUGACCAGUCACCCCCCCACCCUGAGCCAGGAGCCUGCGGGGCCUGCGGGGGGGGGGGGGGGGCGGCGGCGUUGGCCUCCCUUUCUGGGACAGGGCCGGCCGGGGUGGGUUUAGCUUCUGUCUGGCAGCCUGCAGGUUGCCCGCUGAGUUGUCAUCAGACACGCCUCUGGAAAGGGGCUGGCAGCGCUUGUGCCAGGUGGGCCUGGGUCCCCGCAGCUCAGCACCCAGGCGAGGGCCUUGCUGGCUGCCACCGUGGGUUAGACCCCCCUGUCCCCGCCCGUGGACUCGCCCUCUCCCUUGGACCCCACGUAUGCAAUGACUUUUAAUUUCCACUUUUGUAGUUAAUUCUUUGUAUUACAACACGAGAUACAGGAGAUACAGCUGCGUAGACGGACACGGGCCUGUGCGUCCGUCCUUCAUGUAACAUGUUUUACUCACAAAUAAAUUCUUUACUGUUUCCUGGUCUGCA